AUGCUGGAUGGCUGCGAACCCUCAGAUAUGGGCGUGGCAUCGUCUGAAAUGCCAGCCUUCGAUCCGAUGUCUGAUAACUCCAUGAAUCAAAGAACUAUAAUGAAAGGUAGUAAAAUAGUUUUCCAGCAUAAGAAUUCGCUUGUUAAAAUACUACCAAACAUUAUUCUACAAGAAAUAUUACAAUAUGUUGAUCAAUUUUCACUUGUGAAUCUACUGGUGACUUGUUCAAGUUUAUACCCAGCAGCAACCGAACGACUUUAUAAUCGAGUCACUGCCAUAUUGAAUGCUGAAUUUCCAAUAAGAUAUCACGAUGAUCGCAGCCACUUCAUAAGCGAAAAUGGGAUGAGAUCCAUGGAUACUGCAUUAAUAUUAAGCAUUGAUAAUCUUGUAAAGUUUAUUUCAACCUUACGAGCGAAUCCAACUCUCUUACAAAAAGUGCGUUUUUUCAUAUUUGAUAAAUGCUAUCUGGAGAAAGACUGUAUCGUUGGUGAAAUGCAAUCUGAGAUCAUUGACUUUUUCGGUUCAAACUCAAGUGAAAUGAACUUUUUACACAUCACAUUUGUUGACUUUGGUUCAGGAAUCCUCAAGUUAACAAAUUUUUUGAAGAAUAAAAAUAUUAGAAAUAAGAUUUUCAAAUUAUUCAUUACCAAGUACAAGGACCUUUAUCUUCCUGUAAUACCCCAAAGUCUCACAAACUUAUUCUUAAUGUUGGAUGAAUCGGAAUUGAUGAGCUGUAAGACAUUUGAUUUAUCUUGCCCUCCGUUUGAUGUAUUCAAUUCAUUAUUCACCUUAACUUGCAGUACAAAUAACCAGCUAGGAUUAGAGAUCUUGAAAGGUUUAAAACUUUUUAAUGGUGACUUGAAGCUAAAACUAAAGGGCUUGACUAUAUUUCAUUGCCACAAAGAAAAUUUCACGAGUGAUGAUUAUAGCUUCAUUUAUAGUAAUGAAAGAAAUUCAUUUUCCAAGUUGCAGGGUUUUCUUAAAAGUCUCGAUAAACGUUUAGAUUUUAACGCAAUAGGUGAGAAGAUUGACUUAAGAUAUUUGACGCAUCUAUACCUAAAAAUUGAUUGUGCUGAACACAGAAAUAGCAACUGCAAUUGUUUUGGUAAUUUUUUUAAAGAUUUAGCCACCUAUUCUAAGGAAAAUAAAGGUUUACCUAAAUUGACAAAUUUUGAGCUUGAGUCGUUUCCCAAUAUAGAAUGGUUGUUACCACACCAAAUACUAGAAAAUGUGCUCACUCCCUUGGGUAGUUUUAUCAAAACUUUAUCAGGAUUGACAAGACUAACGAUUGAUUUCUCAACUCCCUCUUUCAAGAUGUUUGACAACAACACGGGAAUGUCUAGUAUGGUAUUCAACAAGCUUAAUGAAAGGUUGAUUGAGGCAUUCUUUUUAUGUUUCUUCGCUGCGAAUGAGUCAAAUAUUGUAUCGAACUUGAGAAGCUUGCAGCUUCCGGACUUUUUGACUUCUUUUAUUUACUAUAAGCCGGACUUUUUUGAGAGUUUACUACAUUCAUGUCAGUGUUGGGGUUGCGAAUUAGUGUUGAGGAAACUUAAGGAACAGUUUUUUCCAAUCAGGGACAAUGAUAUCAGCGAACUUAACGGUGAUCAAGAGGUAGACGAGGAGUCUUCAUAUUACAUAUUGAUAGGAUUUAUCUUGGGGAAACUACAGGCUGAUAGGGAGGUAUGCAUACCAAUUAAAGAAAAGACUUUCAACUAUUCAAGUUAUCCAAUUUAUAAAGGUCAGCCACACACGCUUCACACUCACUUUCACUCGUCAUCAUUUUGUAAAUGUGACUUGGAUACGGAUCCUAGUGGAAAAGACAACUGCAGUAUUGAUAACUUAGUUACCACAUAUAUAAUUCACCAGUUGCAACCCAUUGUUGAGUACUUGUCUACAAUUUUUUUUAAACUUGAUAGUCUCAUGAUUCAUGGCAUAUACUAUGAUCGCAAUAAUUCUAGCGAAAAAUUGAUACCCAUAUAUGACAAUCUAGAUUAUCCCUUAUGGUUCUUAAAUCUGAGAUGUGAAGAAAUUCACUCUGGAAAGGUCCCAAGUGGGCCAUUUGGCUACUUUCGGAGAGCUUGA